AUGCAAAUAUUCAUAGGAAAGAUCCCAAGUCACGUUAGCGAGGAACAAAUCAAGGAGUAUUUUGGACAGUUUGGAGAGGUCACGGAUUUGAGCUUGAAGGGAACAUACGGAUUCCUUAAUUUCGAUUCCGAAAGCAGUAUAACAAGGGUUCUUAACCAGAGAUCCCACGCCAUUGAUGGCUUGCCCAUAUCUGUGGAAAGAGCCAAUGGACGAAAAAGACCUCUUGAUGGAGAAUACCAUGAUAGAUACAUGGACAUGGGACGAGGAGGAUACUCCCCCCAUCGGGACUAUCGAGGAUUUCGAAACGCACCCUAUCCCCCCUCUAUGAGAUACGAUGGUAGAUCUCCAGGAAGAUAUGACCCGAGGUUUCCCGAUCGAUACGGAGGUAGGUCACCGGAAUACCGUGGAGAUGGCUUUCGAGGAGACCCUCAAAGGAGCAGAGACUUCUGUGAGUAUUGUAACUCAUGUCCCAUCCAUGGCAUAAGGGAUGUGGUGGAUUCAAGAAAAAGACUACAUACCACAAGGGAUCAUCCUAACAAUCAUCUGAAGGUAGUUUUUGAGAACAUUGCUCCGAAUACAACUGUUGAAGACUUCAAGAACUUUGUGCAUGAUCAUGGUUUUGAGCCUUCCUAUGCAAGGCUUGGAUAUAGUGGAAAUCAUGCUGUUCUUGAAUUCAAAAACAUUGAGGACAAGGAUAAUGUCAUGAAGAAGCUCGAUGGAGUAGAAUUCAAUGGCCAUGUUCUCAAGACCAGAUCCUAUCUUUCCAAGGAUGAGUACAAGAGCAGAGAAAGGGAAAGUUAUACGAGAAAUGAACUCCAGCCAACUGAUACAAACUCAUCAGAGCCACAAGGUACGACUGGUGAUAUUUAUGAAGGGAUUGAGGACGGAAAGGCUGAAAAUGAUUAA